AUGUUUUACUUGGCAUUUACCAUCAUCCUGCUUGGUCAAUUUCUACCAGAAGUAGUUGUCGCCAAUAGUCUUUUGGAAGCAACUGCAUCCGAAAUUCUUCCACAAUUAAUAUCAAACAACAUAAGACCUAGAGAAUAUGUCCAGCAUCUCAUUCAUCACAUCAAAGCUAAUGAAAAACGUAUUAAUGCUCUAAUAUCGUUUUAUCCUGGCCGAGUUCUUUCCUCAAUCAAGACAACAACAGAAUAUCAGAAGGAACGACAGUGUUUAAAUGGUCUUCCAAUUAUAGUUAAAGACAAUAUUGAUGUACUUGGUUAUCCCACAACGGGUGGUACACCGUCUCUCCGCAACUCUUAUCCAAAACGCAAUGCCCCUGUCAUUAGUCGCUUACUCUCAGCCGGCGGUGUCAUUCUUGGAAAAGCUAACAUGCAUGAAUUAGCAUGGAGUAUUACAAGUAAUAACGCAUAUUUUGGUCCGGUUCAUAAUCCAUGGAAUCUAAACUUAAUCCCAGGUGGAAGUAGCGGUGGAUCAGCAGCUUCUGUCGCUGCUCGAUUCGCCCCAAUUGCGUUAUGCACGGAUACAGGGGGAUCUUGUCGAAUUCCUGCAGCACUUACGGUUCGACCAGAACUUCAACGUCAGCUACGAGCAGUCUUUCAGCAAUUCGCAUUAGAUGGCAUUAUUUUUCCGACAACACGUCUCACUGCUCGUUUGAUUGGACAAGAUCCUGUCACCCUUAACAAUCAUACACUUCCUACAUUAGACGCAUAUGUAACUUUUGAAGAUUUUGGAAGCACUGCAGGUGUUCCCGGGAUCAGUAUUCCGAUUGGAUUGACUAAAGAUUCGAAAUUGCCAGUUGGUAUGGAGAUCGAAGGAGAGUAUGGGAAAGAUGAAAAAUUACUGAAUGUUGCGGCAGCAGUGAAGAGGGUAUUUGAUCCAUUGCCACAGCCGACAGAUGUAGUUUUCAAGAAGCAUUAA